AUGGGCCAUGCGAAAGCAAAAGCUGGAGCAAACGGAGCCGUUGAAAACGGAGCUCCGCGAGGCCGCAAGCGUUUGGGUCCCCGGUUGUGGGUGUUGCCUCUCUGGCUGACGACUGUGGUUGUGCUGACUUUGCUCACCUUCAGGCGGUUCCUCCCAGGCAAGGAAGGAGUGCGAAAGUCGCGCUCGGACAUCAGGCCGAAAGACAGUGUUGAGCUGCUUUACAAGCUGGGACGUUGGCAUCGGAGUCGACAGGAGGAUGUAGAAGCUCUGGUGGCCUUUCACUGGGCCACAGAGGUGCUCCAACACCAGAUUGGAUCGCUCCAUUCUUUGGUUGCAGUGGAAAUCCUCGCCGACAUAGCGGAGACCAUGGACUCGCAAAACAGUCUCUGGGCCAUGGCCGAGAAGUUGGCCGUGUACGAGGAGUGCCUCUCCAUCAUCGAGUCGUUUGACUCUGGAGAGGUCGACCGGCUACUUAGCCGGGUCUCGGAAUUCACUGAGCCGUUGAAGAACAUGGGAUUGGGUGCCAUUUCCAUGAACGAUGCAGAGUGGGAGCUCAAGAUCUGGGAGGUUUCCUUGCGGUUUUGCUUGGCUACUGCGUGCGCGGAUAGUGUCCGUCACGGAGAGCUUCUCAUCAGAGUCGGUGUCGCUCUUUCUAAGCAAGCCGAGCAGGACUCAGAGCUAAUCAUGCAGUACUAUGAGAAGGCAGAGCAGAUUCUCGUUAAACUGCACCGGCAGAACUCGCACUGGUUUGCGAUUCUUGUGCACAACAUGGGAGUGGUCUUUGGGCAGCAAGGGGACAGAAAUCGUGAGCUUGCGAGCUACGAGAAGGCGGUUGCCACGUACCGUGGUCUGAAGAUGACCCACACUGAGACCUUCACGAGCAUAUUGUACGAGCUGGCUUCGAGCAGAACAGACUUCGGAGACAAAGAGGGCGGCCGUGAAGCCUUUCUGGAGGCUGAACGCGUCUUUGUUCAAAACCCGAAGCUGCAAUCAAGAAUGCGCUCGCAUUAUGUCGGUCAGUAUGGCAUCAGUCGUCGUGCAGCCGGUGAUCUGGCUGGAGCCAUUCACGCCUUUGAAAUAGCGCUGCAGGUUCAUGAGAAGGCUCAAACAUUGCGUGCAGAGAGCGGGCGCUCCGCGAAGCGAAACCUCAAGGAAGCAGAGGAUGUCGUGGCCUCUCUGCCCAAAGAAGACAGAAGGCAAAUUACAAGGCGCAUCGAGGUGCUUCGAUGGCCGAGUGAACCUGAAACAGCUGAGGAGCUUGAGGCGGGAUGCUGCCGGAUUGCUGAUUUGCUGUUGUGCAACCUUCCUCAGUAG